AUGAUAAUACGCAAUGCUGCAGUGCGGCAUGGCCGCCGCCAAUUGGCCGCCCCUGUCACACGAUCCGUCCUCCUGCGCCAUCUCACGACCACCUCUGCUCCGACCGCCACCACGCCGACCACGCAGGCCUGGCCCGAGGUACAGACGGCGCAGGCCGCGGCGCCCAAGCUCUCAUCGGCCCCGAAGAAGAAGCAGCGGCGCGACCAUGCCUCCAUCAGCCUGAGCACCAACACGGGCCACGAGCACCGCGGCGCGCAGUGGACGCAGGCGCACGAGGUCGGCGGGCGGCAGCUGACGCCCAAGAAGCAGUACGCCGAGUUUGAGCGGGUGCAGCAGGCGACGCGGUCGGUGGGAACGCGCCUCGAGCGGCGCUACGUGCCGUCGGAGCUGAUUGCGAACCCGCCGGCGCCCGAGGAUGUGUCGCUGGAGCUGCUCAUGGCCUCGCAGACGCACAUGGGCCACAACACGUCGCUGUGGAAUCCGGCCAACGCGCGAUACAUCUACGGCGCCCGCCAGGGCAUCCACAUCAUCUCGCUCGAGGCCACGGCUGCGCACCUGCGCCGCGCCGCACGUGUCGUGGAGGACGUCUCGUACCGCGGCGGCUUGGUGCUGUUUGUGGGCAACCGCCCGGGACAGAUGGAGAUUGUGACGCGCGCGGCUGAGUUGGCGCGCGCGUGCCACUUGUAUACGAAAUGGAUUCCCGGGAGCAUUACGAAUCGUGACGUGCUCCUCAAGAAUAGGCUUGUCAAGGUCGUCGACGGUAGCGACGGGGAGCUUGAGGGCUUUGAUGCGUACAAGAGCUCUGCUCGCCCUCUGGUGCCGGACUUGGUUGUGUGCUUGAACCCCCUGGAGAAUUAUACGCUACUCUACGAAUGUGGUCUGGCGAAUGUGCCCACCAUUGGCAUCAUCGAUACCAAUGCCAACCCCACAUGGGUAUCAUAUACAAUUCCCGCCAACGACGACAGUCUACGGUCUACCGCCGUUAUUGGCGGUGUCCUGGGUCGUGCCGGUCAGCGCGGUCAGGAGCGUCGCCUCGCCGAUGCCAAGAAGGGCAAGGUGACAUGGCAGACGCCCCCAGCCCUGGCGACCCAAAUGAGAAAGGACAUCAAGGUCGCCGUGAAGCAGCGCAAGGAGGUCAUGGGCCGCAUACAGGCCAACCUGGUCGGCUUCACCGAGGACGAGCUUGAGAUUCUGCGGACCGAGUACGGCGGCUCCGCCAAGUCGGUCAGCGAAGCGGAAAUGGUCAACAUGAUGGCCGAGAUGUCUGUCCAAAAGGACUCCGGGACAGAGGCUCCUCCGGCGGAUACGAAUGUCAAGGCUACCGAGAUUGCGGCAAGCCUGGACACGGCCAAGGACCACGCUUCUACUCUCGAGACGGAGAUUGAAGAGCUUCGCAAAUAA